AUGAGAUUAUUAAUUCCUGAUGAACGGGAACACUCACCUGGAGAAAUAAUUGGUUAUGUUAUUGGAGUUCUUUACUUUUUUGGAAUGAUAUACUAUAUCUACAGAAAACAUUUACUCAGUUUAUUUUAGAUGUUUAUGAAUUAUUUGGAUGUAAAUGAUUUUGAAAAUUUAAAUAGGAUAAUGAAAACGAAGAAUAAUAUAAAGCAAUAUUGUAUAGUUGUUUAAACUCAAUUUAAUUUCUUAUUCUGUGCUUUUACUCAACUUUUAGUAGUGAAUCAGAUUUAGCUGUUUCUACAAUUAUUGGAUCAGAUGCUUUUAUGAUCUUUUUUGUUUUCUCUUACAUUCUUUAUAAAUAUCCCACUCAUUCUCAUGGAGUAUUAGAUGCGUGGAUAACAAUAAGAGAUGCAUUUUUUUAUAUUUUAUCACUCUUUGUUCUAUUCAUAUGUAUUUUAUUAGAUUUUUUGAAUAUUGGAACAGCAGUUAUCUUAUUGGUUGUCUAUUUUGCAAAUAUUAUCUUUAUUUUUAAUAGUGAGAAUGUUAAGUCUAAAAUGAUGGAAUGGUUUGAUCUAACUGCUGAAGAUGAAGAUUAUAGUUGUGAAUAACACUUAACUUAUGUAAAGAGAAGAAUAUCUAUAACUCAUCUAAAAGAUAAUAAUUAUAUCUAAACUGAUGAUCCUACUUUAAUAAAGAAGUUAGCUUUGAAUAACAAGGCAAGUUCAUAAAAGAGUGGAAGUAGAAGGAUUAUCUUUUAAAAAUUAGUAUACAUUAUUAUAUUUGCCAUAAAAAAUUAAGUAAAAUAAGAGAAACAAUUUAGAGUUGAAUAUUACUAAAAUAUGUAUAAAGUAAGGAAUAUAUGAUAUACCAAUAGCCUAAAUAAAGAGGACCUCCAUCUAAAAAAAGUAAAAUUGAGCCAGCUUCUUCAGUUCCAGAAUCCCAUCAACAAAAUGUGAAUGAAGAUAUUCCUUUAAUGGAAAAUAAUGAUAUGCCUAUUGAACAUCAAAAAGAUUAAGAAGGAGUUUAAGAAAAUGAUUAAGAAUAGGAACAAUAAUAAUAGUAAAUUAGUAUAAUUGAUAAUUUUAGACAAGAAUAGGAUGAUGGAAAGUAAAAAUUGACUCUUCCUAAAGGUGGACUUGAUAAAGUUCUUUUUAUACUAUUCUUCCCUGCUCAUCUUAUAUGCCAUUUUAUUCCAACACCAAAAGAUGAUGCUGAUUAUGUCAACAUAAUAUUGGAUUUAUUUAUAUCUUUAGCAAUAGUUACAGGAUUAUACUUUUUAAUUGAUUGGUGGAUUUAUGAAAUUUUUGAUGGCACUGGUAUACCUAUUUAAGUUUUGGGAUUUAUAUUUCUAGGUGUUUUGGUUUCAACAUAACUUGCAUAUCAUUAAAUUGAUAUAGCAAAAGAGGAGUUAUAAUUGAAAUUCACUUAAGCAUUCUUUUAGACUGCAAUUUGUAAAUCAUCUCUUUGUAUGGGGAUUACUUGGGGUAUUCAAUCUUUGAUAAAUAUUGAUACUGGAUUAGUAAGAAGAAGCAGUAAAUACUCAAAGACAUUUGCAAUUUGUAUUAUAAUUGUUUGUGGACUUGUGGCAUUUUUAUUAUUUUAAUGCUGGUUAAAAAGAUUCAUUUUAGCUAAGUCAGAAGCUUAGAAAUACAUGAUUGUAUACUGUCUCUUAUUGAUAAUAAUAGCAGUUAUUGUUCCAUUGGAUGUAAUUAAAUGA